AUGGAGGCAAACCGUAAGCGCAGAGGGUUCAUUAAAGGGAAGUUGAUGUCAUUCCAACGAGCAGUGAAGCCUUCCUCAGUUGUGCAAUAUACCAGCAAGGCUAAGCCAAGCCAGUCUUCUCCUUCAACUGCCUCAGUAGGCUUUCUGCUCCACCAGGACUAUGUCGUUUCUCAGCCGAAACAGAAGGUGUCGUUUAUAGUACCUGCCGAUAACAGCCGUGACUUAAUAAGCAGCCAAUACGACAGCCUAUAUGGUAUAGCGGCUGAUGAGACCGUCGAUACAAAGGCUGCAACGUAUAUAUCUUCUGUUCAAGAACGUUUCAAGCUUGAAAGGAUGAAGUCGGAACGCAAGAAGUGCCAGGUGGAUGCACUCUUGUAG